AUGAGCAAGGGACUGAAACGUACACCAAGUUUAGGGACGAUGCCUGGCUUUUCCAGCAUUUCAGCAAUAGAAUCACCUAGUCCGACAGGAGCUAAUACUCUAAAUAGACCUGCUCAGGCAUCACAGUCGUUAUAUCCCCUAUGUUUAAAUCUUUUAGAAAGACUUUACUGUGUAGAAGAUUUUGAACAAUAUUUAAUUCAAGGACAGAGUGCUAUGCAGAGUGGCUCAAUAGUGGGCACCCCAACGUCAGAAAAUGGCCCAAACAAUUCUAGCGUUGUUCUUAAAGACCCCGUUACGCUUUUAUGGCAAACUUUUCGGUUGGGAUAUCCGCUAUGUGCACUCUUCAACGCUUUACAACCACAAAAGCCGUUAAAGGUCUCAAAUGAGGAUACAAGAUCAGGCAGUACCAAAUCUAAAGCUAAUAAAGCCUACGUAUACCAUUUUCUUGUUGCCUGUAGAGAAGAAUUACAAUUUAAUCCAGAGCAAAUUUUUACUAUCACCCAAUUGUAUCAGGAUGAUACAAAUGGGUUUGUUAAAGUCAUUAACACUGUGAAGUUAGUUACGGACAAAAUUGAAGAGAAAGGUCUUCUCGAUUUGUCUAAAAAACAAUUUUUGCGAAGUUCAGACCCAAUGCAACCCACAGAUAAUAGAGCAAGAGUUGUACGUGAAUUACUAGAGACAGAACGAAAAUAUGUUCAGGAUAUGGAAGUUUUACAGAAUUAUGCAAGAGAACUUCAAAAUCAAGAUAUUGUCAGUGCAGAUACAAUUCACCUGUUAUUCGCUAAUCUCAAUCAACUAGUAGAUUUUCAACGUCGUUUCCUUAUUAAUGUGGAAUCCAUAUCUAGUGAAUCACCAGCAGAGCAACGGUUUGGAAAUCUAUUUAUACAAAUGGAAGAAAAUUUUGCAGUUUAUGAACCAUUCUGUGCUAAUUAUCAAUUCGCAUCUGAAUUAGUUAUCCAAGAAACUCAAAACUUACAGAAAUUGUCUAAAAUAGUUGAGCCUACGUACGAACUACCAUCAUUAUUAAUUAAACCAAUUCAACGCAUUUGUAAAUAUCCUCUAUUAUUACAGGAAUUAUUAAAAUUUUCAAAUAAGGAUGAAACGCCUUAUUAUGAUGAAAUUGAACGUGGUCUUAAUGCUAUCAAACGUGUGGCUGAUCGCGUAAAUGAAACCCGACGUAAGCAAGAAAAUGAAGCUGUUGUCAAAGAUUUAGAACGUCGAGUAGAAGAUUGGAAAGGUCAUCAAAUUUCACAAUUUGGAGAGCUUCUACUCGAAGAUUUAUUUACAAUGUCCAAAGACGAUUCUGAACGGGAAUAUCAUGUUUAUUUAUUUGAAAAGAUUUUACUUUGUUGCAAGGAGACUAAUCCCAAAAAACCGCAAAGUAAACAACCUAUUCUUAAAAAUAACACAAGGAAACAGAAAAGAGCUAGUCUGCAACUCAAAGGAAGGAUUUUUAUACACAAUAUUACAGCUGUGGUAGAUAACAGUCGGUUAGGGGUAUUGUCUUUGAAAGUAUACUGGAGAGGGGACCCUGAAAUGGAAUCUUUUUCGCUUAAAUGCCGGAAUGAAGAACAACUUAAACAGUGGAAAUCUACUUUGGAGAAGUUAUUAUCCGAUUGCAGCAAUCGACAAGCGGUUUCUGUUAACACGCCGAAAGAUUCAGAGUCAAUAAUUCCUGUUAAACGAACUGCGAGCUCGGUCACGAACAGAAGACGGCUCAGGACAAUUGCCGCAAUAUAA